GUCAUAGGGAAAUACGUUUCUUUUAUUCACGAUGAAAAAGUCAUGAUUAUCUCAAAGUUUUCAAAGUUUAAUAAUCUGUAACGUUCAAUAAGCAUGUUUCUGUGAUUUUAAUAUUUAUUACCCUAUUUUUAUUAUGAAUAACUAAUUAUGACUGAUACGAGUAUAAAGCGUUGUAUUUUACGACGUGACCUUGAAAAAAAGAUGUUUCAAAAAGGAGAGAUAACAUUAUUUAUGUCGCAAAAGUUCUAAUAUAUUUAAAAAUGAGCAUUUUACAAUCAGAUUUUUAUAGUUUUACGAUUUGUAUGAUAUGGCCGCAAACCCGGCGGGAAUAACGAUGCGAGCGCCGCGUCAUUGUAUUGGUAAUUUUGUAUCGUUACUUCGUAAACUUCGUAUGUUGUUCCAUUAUGACUCGAUAAUGGAUUUAAUUUCUUAAUUUUCGGUAUUGUAUACUGUUUAGUGUUGUAUAUUGUUUAAUACAUAACUAACAGCGGGAACGUGUCUUGCGAGAAGAGGUCGAUUUUUUUUUAGCGGCACCGUCCGCCAUUAUUGGUGUUUGCACGGCGUUCAACGACGUUUUCUUUCGUUUAUUGACGACGAAACCGCACCUAUAACACGAAAAUUUGUAUCAUACUAUGAUGGCACGCAGCCGUAAGGACAGUACUGGUAAAAGCGAUUCCGAAGCAACGGACAAAGAAAAUAAAAGGGAGAAAGGUAGAGAAGUAGUCAGGAAGAAGCGCGCUGCUUCAUCGUCGAGCAGUGGGAGUAGUUCAUCGGACAGCAGCUCAGGUUCAUCGUCUACAAGUAGUGGAAGUAGUUCCAGAUCGAGUUCUACUUCAAGUACAAGCUCUAGCAGUUCAGGAAGUUCUUCUGGAAGUUCUAGAGACAGAGGAAGAAAGCGAAGUCGCAGUAAAAGUGUUGAUGCUUCGCGCAGACACGAUAAUAAGGAAAAGGAAAGAGAAAAAGAAAGGGAAAGAGAAAGAGACAGGGACAGGGAUAGGGAUAGAGACAGAGAAAAGGAUAAAAAGAAAAGUAGCAAUUCUGUGAUUGAUAAACCUAAACCAAAAGGACGCUCUAGAUCACCUUCGCCGCGUAGGAAACGCAGGGAAAGGUCACCAAUUCCUAGACCAACAAAAAUACAUAUUGGACAUUUGACGCGCAAUGUCACUAAAGAACACAUUAUGGAAAUAUUUUCCACGUAUGGUCAAAUAAAAAUGGUCGAUUUUGCAAUGGAUAAGCUUCAUCCUAAUCAAGGACGAGGCUUUGCUUACGUGGAGUUCGAAACAGCAGACGAGGCUGAAAAUGCAAUGAAACACAUGGAUGGUGGACAAAUAGAUGGUCAAGAGAUUACUGCUGCCCCAGUAUUAUUACCAAAACCACGACCGCUACCGAUGCGAAGGAUGUCACCUCCAAUGGGAAGAAGACCACCACGAUGGGGUGGUGGCGGUAGAAAUACUCCUCCACGUUAUCGCAGACGUUCACCUCCAAUUAAUCGCCGUAGAAGCCCACGGCCACCGAGACGUAGACCAAGAACUCGAUCGCGAAGUCCCCCAAAUAAUCCACGGCAUCGUCACCGUCGUUACACGAGAUCAAGCUCGAGCAGCUCGCGAUAGCAAUUUUCUUUGUACAUAUAAGAUAAGAACUGAAUUUGAUCAAACACAGUUUAUCCUGGUUGGUCGUCUUAAUAUAUUAAGCAAAGCAGUUUUUACCGAUUCGUUCAAAAAUAUCGACAGGGAAGUGUACGCACUCAAAACAGUUCACGACGGUAUUACGGUAAUUUACAUUUCUUAAUGAUGGUGAUGAUUGAAAUACCGUUCGUGAUUCGCAAAUUGUUUUUCAAAUAUAUAUCAAUUUCACACGUGACAUAAUA